AUGGCUCAAUCCACCAAGUGCUAUCUUCCCCGGUUCGCUUCGACGGUUGACGGGACUAAACGCCCAGUCUCGAUGAAGACCAGACCCACGGCCGCUCAACAUGCGCAGUUACUAACCGCAUGGAACGAAGGCCGUCUAGACCCAAUGCUUCGAGCCACUUGGGCUCUCUUGUUGCAUUACUAUCUGCGCUCGGAGGAUAUUUGCUUUGGUUACCAACAUCUUGCGGGCGACUCGCGCUCUCCCAAAUCAUCUGUACAGCGUUCGACCGACGUCAACAUUUCGACGAUCCGUAUAUCCAUCAACGACAAUGACUCUCUCACAGCAAUUGUAGAUAAGGUGCGCGCAAACAGUGCGAAUCGCCAGGCGAAUGGAAGCUCGGACGCUGCUUCCGAGGCAUACCUUCCUUUCAACACCAUCUUCAUGCUACGCACAUAUGACCCGCCUGCUUCUCCCUCAAAACCUAUUUUGGCCACAGCUCUUCCAGACAAGUGCCAAGUCCGCCUUCAUGUUAAGGUGCUGCGUGGAGACAUCAGCAUCUUCCUGGAAUGGAGAAAGGGUGAUAUGUCUGGGGAACAGAUGAAGAGUAUCGCAAGCAUUUUUGAGCAGUUGCUUGCCAAGGUCCUUUCUGCUGAGAACACCGCUAUUAGCCAGCUUAAUCUGUUCUCGGAGAACGACUGGCAACGCAUCCGCAAGUGGAACUCCACCUCUCCACAACUCCACGAUCGCUGCAUUCACGAAGCCAUCCACGAUCAGAUGUUGAGUGGACCCGACCGUGAGGCUGUGUGUGCGUGGGAUGGAAGUUUGACGUUCGCCCAGUUGGAUCACCAAGCGUCGAAGCUUGCAUAUUAUCUUCGCAUGCAGGGAGUCGGACCGGAAGUUCGCGUGGCUUUGUGUUUCGAUAAAUCGAAAUGGAACAUUGUCGCAAUGCUUGGCGUUAUGAAAGCCGGGGGAGCCUUCGUCCCAUUGGACCCGACUCACCCAACUUCCCGACACCAAGCUCUCAUCCAAUCGGUCCAGGCACCGGUUGUGUUGUGCUCUCAGCAUCUGGCCGAUAAACUUCGGCCCAUCGUCAACACUUUAAUACCUCUCUCUGCUGAGACUCUAGAUCCUCUGUCUGACCCCGCUGACAAUGUCAAUCUUGCAUCAGGCGUCACCAGUCAAAAUGCGGCUUAUGUUCUGUUUACCUCUGGAUCAACAGGAGAACCCAAGGGCACCCUGUUGGAGCACCGCGCGUUCCUGUCGGGGGCAAUUGUGCAUGGACCCGGUUUGCACAUUUAUCGCGAGUCGCGAUGCCUUCAAUUCGCCGCCCACACCUUCGAUGCCAGUUUGGCCGAGUCGCUGACGCCGCUCAUUCAUGGUGCGUGUGUCUGUAUCCCGAGCGAGGAAGCUCGACUCAACGAUAUCGUGACAACCAUCAACGAGAUGCGAGUCACCCAAGCCUGCUUCACGCCCUCAUUCAUCGGCUUUAUUGAAAUCGAGAGUGUUCCAGGACUGGAGAGUUUAGUUCUGGCCGGGGAGGCAAUGUCGCAGUCACAGCUGGCUACCUGGUCCAAAAUAAAACUAGUCAAUGGUUAUGGGCCUACCGAGGCCAGCGUGGCAUCCGUGCUGAAUUCCAAUGUUACACCUGACACCGAUUGUAAAGAUAUCGGGCUUCCUAUUGGUGUGAGAACUUGGCUUGUGAACCCUGAUAACCACGAUGAACUGGUGCCCGUGGGCUGCCCUGGAGAACUACUUUUGGAAGGCCCACCCCUGGCUCGGUGCUACGUGAAUAAUCCACAAAAGACAAACGAAUCGUUCAUCUACGACCCUGCUUGGACUAAGUUGGAGCCUGAAAGUGGUUCUAACCGUAGAUUCUACAAGACGGGUGAUCUCGUCAGGUACAACUCCGACACUGGUGCGUUGAAUUACAUCGGUCGCAAGGAUACGCAGGUCAAGGUUCACGGACAACGAAUCGAGCUCGGCGAAAUUGAGAAUCAGCUGAGCAAAGAUCUGAACGUCACUCAUUGCUCCGUCUUCUUCCCCAAGACAGGUUUCUCCAAAGGACGGCUGGCGGCAGUUGUCUCUUCUACCGGCCUGCUUGCGGAACAGUCGGAUUCGGACUUGGAGCCUCUACGACUCGUCUCAACCUCGAAAAAGGCCGAGCUUGUCCCUGGAAUCCGAGAGCGUCUCUCAGCUCGUCUCCCCACUUAUAUGGUCCCUGCAGUUUGGUUGUGCGUUGAAGCCCUGCCACUCCUGCCAUCAGGGAAACUAGACCGCAAGGGUAUUUCCACUUGGGUUGCAGGUAUGGAGAACGACCCAGAUCUUCAAAACAAUGCCUCUGUUGCAACCGUCGGCACAGAGGCUUCCCAGCCCGCCAACGACAGAGAGGAAGCUUUAGCUGCUGUAUAUAGCCGUGUCCUCAACAUCCCCCAGAACCAGCUCGAUUUGAACGAGGGCUUCCUCGCCCUCGGUGGUGAUUCGAUCGCAGCUAUGACAUGUGUAGGUCUUUGCAAGAAGCGUGGGUUUUCCCUCUCUGUACAGGAGCUGCUGCGCAGCAAAUCAAUUCGCGAACUCGCAACCCGCGCAAAGACAAUCGACCACCUUACGACUUACGAAGAAGCUGUUGAUGAACCAUUUAGCUUGUCACCCAUCCAGACCCUCCACUUUGGUGUACGAAAAGAGGGCCAAGGCCACUUCAAUCAAGGAAUCCUCACUCGUUUGAACAAACCUGUCGACGAGCCGACCCUCCGCAAGGCCGUUGAAACUCUGGUAUCUCGCCACUCUAUGCUCCGCGCACGAUUCACGAACACAGGAUUCGCGACCGCAUCCAGUCAACAGAUCACUCGGGAUAUCAAGGGAUCUUACAGAUGGCGGAUGCACACUCUUGGCAGCAUGGAUGAGGUUAAGAUCCAUGUCGCCGACAGUCAAUCUUCUAUUAACUGCUUCUCUGGGCCCUUGCUUGCAGUCGAUUAUUUCUUGGUGAAAGGACAGCCAAAUAUCCUGUCCAUGACAGCUCACCACUUGGUUGUUGACAUUGUCUCGUGGAGAAUCAUUUUGGAAGAUUUGGAAGACAUCAUCUUAAACCCCGAGAAGACAGGAGCGAGUGACGCCUCCUUGCCUUUCCAGACCUGGUGCCGCCUGCAGAAUGAGCACUGCAACACCCUCCGGUCUGAGCAUAAAGUUGCAACGGCUGCUCUCGCAAUACCCAACUUUGGUUACUGGGGGCUUACGGACACUCAAACCACAUAUGGUGAUGUGGAUUGUGCCUCGUUUGAGAUUGAUCCCGCUCACACCAACGCUAUUCUCCUCGAAUGUCACAAAGCUCUUGGCACAGAGCCAAUUGACCUGUUCCUAGCAGCAAUGCUACACUCAUUUGGCCGCGCCUUUCCCGACCGUUCUCUUCCAACGAUUUACAAUGAAGGUCACGGACGAGAAGUCUGGGACCCGUCCAUUGAUAUCUCGCACACCGUCGGCUGGUUCACCAUUUUGCACCCAAUCUUCUUGUCUGCAUACAAGACAGAUAACCCCAUUGAUACCCUCAUUCAGGUGAAGGAUCUUCGCCGCCGUGUCUCAGACAAUGGUCGCGCCGAUUUCACCAGCCGGGUUCUGCCAGCCCGGAGCAAACAAAAGUCUGAGCACCCACACCCCUUCGAGAUGUCGUUCAACUACGUCGGUCAACAUCGCGAUCUGCAGCGAAAGGAUGGUCUCUUUCAGCUGGUUGACCAGAUGGCUGGAGAAGCUGGCCAAGGAGGCGGUGCCGCUGACUUUGGUACUGAUACUCCCCGGUUUGGUCUGUUCGAGAUCUCUGCGAUGGUCGUUGCUGGAAAGGUUCGAUUUAACUUCUCCUUCAACAAGUUCAUGCAGCACCAGAAUCGUAUCCAUAGAUGGGUUUCCCAAUGCCAAGAGCUGCUUGUAACUCUCGCUGAGCAGCUUCCUACCCUCGGCCCGCGUUUGACUCUCAGCUCAUUCCCCAUGCUUUCGUUGACCUACCCUACUUUGGAGAAGUUGCUGAACGAUAAGUUGCCUGCUAUCGGUAUUGACUCCCCAGACCUAGUUGAGGAUAUCUACCCUUGCUCUCGCAUGCAGCAGGGUAUCCUCCUUGGUCGCAAGCGUGAUAGCUCCUACUACGCUGUCCACGACACCUUUGAGAUCAAGGCCACCAGAUCUAGCGAGCCGAAUCUCGAUCGCCUGAUUAAUGCAUGGCAGGAGGUCGUCUCUCAUCAUGCGAUGUUCCGCACCAUCUUUGUUGAGAACCUCACUCCUCGUGAUCCCUUUUGCCAGGUUGUGCUGAAGACGUAUGAUGCCACUCCAGUCUUCUUGCAGUCUUCAGGGGAAGAUGAUGUGCUUGCCACCUUUGACAAGGAAGACCCCAAGGAUUACAGCGAGUCCUCGCCAGCGUAUCGCUUCACUAUUUGCCAGACACCCAGCGGCAGACUGUUUGCGCGCAUUGAGAUGAGUCACGCUGCGAUGGACGGCAACUCGAUCUCAAUCAUCCUCCGUGACUUGCAGCUCGCAUACGCUGGCAGACUCGAGGAAAGCCCUCAGCCUUUGUUCAAAGAUUAUAUACAGUACCUUCAGGAUGCGCCAAAGGAAGCUAGCAUCAACUACUGGCGCUCGUACUUGGAUCAAGCCAAGCCAUGCCACUUCCCUGCCCUCACUGACGGCCAACAAUCGGCCAAAGCCCUUCGCUCCAUUCCGGUCAACUUUGGAGCCCUCAAUGAACUGCAAACUGUCUGCGAGAAGCGCGGAAUCACUCUCGCAAAUGUCUUCAAUGCCGCGUGGGGCCUCACCCUCUCUGUCUUCUGUGGAUCCGACGAUGUCUCCUUUAGUUACAUGGCAUCCCUGCGUGAUGUGUCUGCUGACGGUGUCCAGUGGGUUAUUGGACCGGUUAUCAACCUUCUAGUCUGCCGUAUGAAGAUUGCAGAUGAGGCAAAGCUCAGUGAUGUGUUGCAUCAAAUCCAGAAUGACUACGUGGAGAGCCUUGCUUACCGUCACACUUCGCUCAUUGAUAUUCAGCACGCUUUGAAGCUCUCAGACACCAAUUUGUUCAAUUCCGGUGUCUCCUAUCGCCGACUUCCCAGUUCUAAGGAUGAUGUUAGCAGCGACAUCGAGUGUGUUGAGGUUGGCUCAAUCCACGAUCCCGCUGAGUUCCCGGUUUUCAUCAACAUCGAGGCAAUGGACACUACGGCUCGCAUCGACCUCAACUACUGGACCACCAACCUCUCUGAUUCACAGGCUGCCAAUGUGGCCAAUACUUAUCUUCGUUGCCUCGAGAACAUUGUUUCGAACAUUGACGCUCCAAUCCGCCAGUUAGACAACCUGAGCGACGAAAACCGAACCCAGAUCAUGGCGUGGAACACCAAGACUCCCAAGCCCUUUGAGAAAUGCGCUCAUUACGUUGUCCAAGAGAUGGCAAAGAAGCGCCCUGAUGCAUUGGCCGUCACAGCUUGGGAUGGGAACUUGACUUACUCGAAGUUGGAUCAAUUCUCCUCUCGCUUGGCAAGCUAUCUGGUCACCUUCGGUGUCGGUCCUGGAACCCUGAUUCCCGUCUGCUUCGAAAAGUCUGUGUGGAACAUCGUCUCCACAUUAGCAAUUAUGAAAGCUGGUGGUGGGUGUAUUCCAGUUGACACACCUGAGAGUCUCGCUCUUGUUGAGAAGUGGAUUGUCGAUAAUGCCGUGCAGGUCGCGCUGACGGCCCCAGAGAAGGCUCAGCUCCUCGAGGAUGUCGUGCCGUACGUCAUCCCUGUGAGCGAGUCUCUUCUCGAGUACCUCGCCGAUGAGGUUCUUAACCCUGUGACACAAUCAUCCGACAUCGCAUUCGUUGCUAUGACUGCCGGCACCUCAGGACUGGCUAAGAGUGUUGUCCUUGACCACUCAACUGUCAUGACCCGGGCCGAGGCAUUCGCUACAACCAUGGCAAUCGCCGAUGUCUCUAGGACUCUGCAGUUCGCAUCGCACACAUCCGAUGCAUUUAUCUUGGAGGCAUUCGGCACUUUCAUGUGGGGUGGUUGCAUUUGCAUUCCGGCUGAUAUUGACCCCCAUCACCCCGACAGCUGCAAGCUUCUUCUCCCCAAGGAUGUUCCGGGAUUGCGAUCGAUUGCCUUGGGUGGCGAAGUUGUUUCCCAGAGCGUUCUCGACCACUGGCAGAGCGACGACCUCCAACUGCAGGUUUUGUAUGGAACAUGCGAGAGCUCCGCUGCAUCCUUCCACGUGUUCUGCUCCCAAGAUGAAAACGAGGCUGCUCUUAUUGGAAAGAGCACUUCCUGUGUUUCGUGGGUCGUUGACCCCUCCAACCAUCAUUGUCUUGUUCCGAUCGGCGGUGUUGGGGAACUGGUGCUCGAAGGGCCUGUUCUUGCCCGCAGCUACCUUGACGACCGGUCCGUUGACAGCGAAGAAUUCUUUGACAACGCUUCUUGGCUUUCUGAACAACGAGAUGUGGGUAAAAACCGACUUUUCAAGACCGGGGAUCUUGUUCGGUACAAAUCCGAUGGCUCUCUCGUUUUUGUCGGUCGCAAGAACGAUAAAAAAGAAUCCGGCCUAGCUAGCGAGCUUAUUCAGACUCAGGCGCGCAUCGAUUCCUUCCUGGACAACAAGAGGAAGUGCGUUGUGGACAGCAUCCAGCUGCUACGCGAUAAUGUGAAGACCAAUGCUCUUGUUGCUUUCGUGGUUUCUUCAGACACCAACCUCGUCACUUUUGGAGAUCGCGUCCUCCAAUCCGCCACUCCUAAACUGAAAGACGCCAUUUCUAGCCUGCACGCCAAUCUGAGUACCAGCCUUCCUGGUAGCAAGGUUCCGAGUUUCUACAUCCCCAUUUCCUCCCUCCCCUUGACCCUAUGUGGAAAGCUAAACCGCCAGGCUCUCAAAUCUGAAACACAAGCGCUUUCAAACAGUGCCCUCCAGGCUUUCGACAUCAAGCGUUGGAACGGAUCCAAGGCUGGUAACCGGGUUUCUCGGCAUGCCAGUCUAUCCGAGGCCAACGCCACUUUCUGGAAGGAGUAUCUUGCUGAUGUGGAGCCAUGUGUUUUCCCUGCCCUCUCCCAUGAGGCAAGCGACAAUGGACGCUCCACCCGCACCCUCAACAAGCAGACAGCCAACAUCCACGCCUUCAGCAGAUUGUCUGGCAUCCCUGCGGAAAUUAUCUUCCAGUUUGCCUGGGCCAUUGUCCUCCGGUGGUACACCGGCUCAGACGAUGUUUGCUUUGGGUAUUCUGCCUCCCCUUCGGAGACAAAAUUGGAGUCCGCUGGCAUUGCCAUCUGCCGCUUCCUCGUGCAGAAUGAGCAAAACGUUCAGGAUACCCUCCAAAAAGCAAAAAGGGACUCCGAGAGCAGUGUAUCGAACGUCGCUGACUUGGACGCCGUUAAACACCAGCUUGGACUUGAUGACACAAUGCUUUUCAACACAUCCCUGAUUUAUUGCACGGCUUCUAAUCUCCCCAAAGGAGCUACCCAUGACCCAAGCAUCUGUAGUGCUCAAAAGAUCUUGGUUGAAGCUGAAGUCUCCCAUUCACACGCCCAGAUCCACUUCAACUACUCUCCUGAAACCCUUUCCUCCUUCCAGGUCAACCAUAUCAUGGAUAUGUUUGACCAAGUUUUGGAUGAUCUGAUUACCCACAACGUCCGUGAACGUACCGUCGGGGACCUCAAUGUAUUCCCCGAGCGGUCAGUUCGCCAAAUCCGCGAUUGGAAUGCCGCAUCCCCUCCUAGAGUAGAGAAGUGUGCCGACGAGCUCAUUCAGCAGCAGGCACUUCUUCACCCCCGUGCAGAAGCCGUCUGCUCUUGGGACAAGAAUUUUACCUACGGGCAGCUUGAGAUUGUCUCCAGCCGCUUAGGCCGCCAUCUCUCCAGUCUUGGAAUCAAGCCGGAAGCCUUCGUGGUGCUGUGCUUUGAGAAGUCAGCCUGGGCUGUUGUUGCUCAGCUGGCUGUUCUCAAGGCCGGUGGAGCUUUCGUCUCGAUUGAUCCAUCCCACCCCGACUCUAGACUGAAGAUGCUCAUCGAUGAAAUUGGUGCUAGCCUUGUUCUGUGCUCAUCUUCGGUCCACACCAAAGUGUCGAAGCUUUGCGCGAAAUCGUUCGCUGUCUGCCAGACUUCAAUCUCCCAGCUUUCUGAUUCACCUUUGGCUUUGGCUGGUCUUCGUCCUACCCCGGACAAUGCUGCAUAUGCUGUCUUUACGUCUGGUACUACUGGAAAACCGAAGGCAACUGUUGUAGAGCAUACCGGCCUCAGCACUACCGCGAUUGCUAUGAUUGAUUCCCUCCACAUGAACUCCACAACCCGUGCUUUGCAAUUCUCUAACUACACCUUCGACGUCAGCAUCUUCGAGAUCAUGAUGACUCUUAUGACUGGUGGUUGUGUCUGUAUCCCCAGCGAGGAGGAACGCAUGAACAACUUGGGUGGUGCCAUUCGCCGUAUGGAAGCCACCAACAUCUCGGCACCUCCUGCCAUUGUCAACACCCUAGAGCCGAAGAACGUUCCUACUCUCAAGGUCAUUAUCACAGGAGGCGAGAAGAUGCCCGCCAACCACAUUGACCGCUGGGCAGACCGGUGCGUCAUUAAUUCCUAUGGUCCCUCCGAGGCCACUGUGAUUGCCACAGUUGGUGUCAAGGUUGAUUGGGAUGGCAACCGUGUCAAUGAUGAUCCCACAUCCAUUGGAACAUCUUCAAACUGCAGAAUCUGGAUUGUGGAUCCGAGUAACUCCAACCGCCUUCUGCCAGUUGGCGCUGUCGGCGAACUGGUUAUUGAAGGAAGUAACAUUGCACGUGGAUACCUUGCUAAUGAGGAAAAGACCAAGGCCGCCUUCUUCAAGAACCCUACUUGGAACCGUCACGCUGGCUUGCAGGGCGUGUUCAAGCGAAAUGAUCGCAUGUACCGUACUGGCGAUCUGGUUCGGUACAACAACGAUGGCAGCCUGGCCUUCAUCUCCCGCAAAGACACUCAGAUCAAGUUCAAUGGCCAGCGAAUUGAACUCGAGGAGAUCGAACAACAAUGUUUGCGCUGCCUACCCGAGGACUCUCAGGUGGCUGUUGAUGUUGUUGUCCCAGAGGAACGCACCAUUGCCAAGGGCCUCGCCGCAUUCUUCACUGUCCACGACCCAGAUUCCAACGGGGGGAGCAGCGAUCAAUUCGCCUCCACAAUUCCUGGGGCGGAUCCACUUUUACUGCCCAUCUCUAUGUCGAACAUGGAUGCUAUUCAGAAGUUGAAGGGUUCUUUGCCUGAGCUUCUGCCUCAGAGCAUGAUGCCCCGGCUCUUCUUCCCUAUCCGCAACUUGCCUUUUACUUCCUCGGGAAAGAUCGACCGCCGAAGACUGCGGGCUAUGGUCCAGACCUUGUCCAAGGAGACUCUCAAGUCUUACAUUACCUUCAACACCUCCGACAAAAGGGAGGCUUUCCUGGCCACCGGCCUAGAGAGUCAGCUUGUAGCCCUCGUGGAAAAGACACUAGAACUUGAAGCUGGCUCUGUGACCGCCGAUGACAGCUUCUUUGGUCUAGGUGGUGAUUCCUUGUCCGCCAUGAACCUCGUCGGUGCUGCUCAAGCAGAAGGCAUCGCACUUACUGUCUCGAGCAUCUUCAACUCCCCAAUUUUGAUUGACAUGGCCCAGAGCUGUGUCGUGUCUGAUGCAGCUUCUGAAGUUAAGAAAGACAACAUCAAGGCGUUCUCCCUGCUGCCGUCUGGGGUCUCCCUCGAAAGCGUGAUGGAUGAAGUUACCGACAACUGCGAAGUAUCCAGGGACCUCAUCACCGAUAUCUACCCCUGCAGUGCUGUGCAGGAGGGUCUUCUGACGCUUUCUAUUAAGCACAAUGGUGCUUAUGUUGCUCAGCCCUCGUUCCGCCUUGCUCCUGGCAUAGAUGUCGGUAAAUUCAAACAGGCUUGGCAACAAACCGUGACUGAGUUGGAAAUUCUUCGCACUCGCAUUGUCCACACCGAGACUAUGAAUUUUGCUCAAGUUGUCCUGAAGGAUGAUCCCAUAUCCUGGGUCGAAGCAGAGUCGUUUGACGCUUUGCCCAACGACUUCCUCCAUCUCCCUAAGCAAAAUGGAGCACCUCUCACUGGUUACGCUAUGGUGCAGCCUCGUGGCUCUUCUGAUAGCUACUUUGUUUGGUCUGUUCACCACGCCCUUUAUGAUGGCUGGAGUAUUCCUUUGGUAUUCCGCAAGGUCGAAGAGAACUACUUUGUCUCCCAGACCAAGCGUGCUGGCACACCGUAUAGUCUGUUUAUCGACUACCUAGUUAAGAAGGACAUGGAGGAGUCUGACGCUUUCUGGAAGUCUUAUUUGGCCGACCUUUCCAGCACUCCUUUCCCUUACAACAAGAAUGCAGUGCCUGAUGCCAUGCGUGCUGGCAACACCCAGCACCAUACCAUGAAGGUUUCCCGUUCCCGCAACACCGUCGACUUUACGAUUCCUGUCCUCAUGCGCGCUGCAUGGGCGAUCGUCAUCGCGACACACACUGCAUCUGGUGAUGUGUGCUUUGGCGAGACUUUGUCGGGCAGAAACAUCGAUCUUCCAGGUGUUGCAGAUAUUGCUGGUCCUGUUUUGACCACUGUCCCCACCCGUGUCCAGGUGAACAACGCCGCCUCGACUAUGGAGUACUUACAGAAGAUCCACCAGUCUACCACUGAGAUGAUCCCACACUUGCACUCUGGUUUGCAACGUAUCCGGCUACUGAACAAGGAUACCGCCACAGGUUGCGAUUUCAAGAACCUGCUCGUGAUCCAGCCAGGCGAUGGGGAGCUCGACAACAAGAUCUGGAUCGAUGAGAAACGUGAAACCAGCGAAGACUUCUUCACCCACCCCCUUGUCAUCGAAUGUGGUGUCACCAAGACCAACAUCUCUUUUACUGUUCACCACGAUGAGCUGGUAAUCAACGGAUGGCAGGCUAAGCGCAUCACUGAACAAUUUGCACAUGUUCUGCUGCAAUUGAUUGCCCUGCCAAAGAACAGCACGAGCAAGGUCGGAGACCUGGAGGUGAUCAGCCCCGAAGACAAAGCUGAAAUUGGUACAUGGAAUGAACGUAUUCCGCUCACGGUGGAACGGACUGUUCAAGAUUUCAUUCGUGAGAAGUGCGACGAGACUCCGAAUGCCCAGGCUGUGUGUGCCUGGGAUGGCGACCUCACGUAUAGAGAAUUCUGGAACCUCGCAUCUGGCUUCGCCAACUACCUGAUCUCUCGCGGGGUUGGCCCAGAGGUCUUUGUUCCAGUCUGUUUAGACAAGUCGGCUUGGGCAAUGGUCACCCUCAUCAGUGUUCUCAUCGCUGGCGGUGGGUACGUCCCCUUGGAUCCCUCCCACCCUACCUCGCGACACGAGGAAAUUCUCGCCGACGUCGGUGCCAACAUGAUACUGUGCACUCCCAACUACACAAACCGCUACAGCCGAGCCGUGAAGACUGUUAUCCCCAUCAGCAAGGAGACUAUCAAGGCCUACGGUGCACUCAAAUCAUCUGGCCGUCGCCACACUCAAGUCACACCCUCCAAUAUGGCCUAUGCUCUCUUCACCUCUGGCAGCACCGGUCGGGCCAAGGGCAUUAUCGUCGAGCACCGCAACGUGGUAAGCAGUAUCAUGGCAUUCGCGCCGUGGGUUCGCAUGGAUGAGACUUCGAGAGUAUUCCAAUUCGCGUCUCUCACUUUCGAUGCUGCUGUUAUGGAGACGCUUGCAAUUCUCAUGCUCGGAGGUACCAUCUGUGUUCCAAGCGAAGACGACCGUCUCAAUGAUGUUGCCGGCGCAAUCCGUCGACUAAAUGUUACUUGGACUUUCCUCACCCCCUCAAUUGCCAGCAUCAUUGAGCCAUCGUCAGUGCCUUCCCUGAAGCACCUCGUUUGUGGUGGUGAGAAGAUGUCGAAUGAAGUUAUCACCAAGUGGGCCAAUGCUGUCCACCUCAUGAAUGGGUACGGACCCACUGAGACCUGUGUCUUUGCAGUGAUCGAUAAUGCGGUCGCCACCAAUCGUGAUCCAGGCCGCAUCGGUUACGGUAUUCCCAGCACUCUCACCUGGAUUGUUGACCCCGACAACCACGAUCGGCUGACUCCCCUGGGCGCAGUCGGCGAACUUGCACUUGAAGGCGCUCCCUUGGCCCGGGAGUACCUCAAGAACCCCGAGAAAAAUGCAGAAGCAUUCACCACGGACCCUGCGUGGACCAAGGACUUCAUCCCCGCAGUCCCGGGGCCUCGCCGAAUCUACAAGACUGGCGAUCUUUGCUACUACAACCCUGAUGGCUCUGUGCAGUACAUCAGCCGGAAGGAUCACCAGGUCAAAUUGCAUGGCCAGCGGAUGGAGCUUGGUGAGAUCGAGCACCGCCUUUCCGAGGAUGUGCUUACCCGCCACGCCGUCGUCGUUCUCCCCAAGAACGGCCCACUGAAGCAGCGCCUGGUCACUGUCAUGUCUUUGAAUAGUGUCACAGCCGACACCAAGCUGAUUUCUGACAAGCCCUGCGAGCUAGUUGAUGAGGAUGAGCUUGAGCGUCAUGCUUACAACGAGCUCGUCGAAGUCCAGAAGAAUCUUGAGAACCAGCUGCCCAUUUACAUGGUCCCGCAGACUUGGGCGCUCAUCAAGAAGCUUCCCAUGCUAGUUUCUGGAAAGCUCGACCGAAAGAAGAUCACUGCUUGGGUUGAGGAUAUUGAUGAUGAGUCCUAUGACCGUAUCAUGGCGGAUUAUGAUCGCAUCAAGCGUGGCAAGACAGAAGAAAAACCACAAGACAAACAAGAGAAGAAUGGAUCCCUCGACAUCGUCCGCGACAUCUUUGCGCAGGUGUUGAAUAUUUCCCUUCAGAAGGUCAAUGUCGACCGGUCUUUCGUCAGCUUGGGCGGCGACAGCAUUACUGGAAUGGCUGUCAUUUCUCGCGCACGUAAACAGGGACUUGUUCUGACACUGCACGACAUCCUUCAGAGCAGGUCAGUGAAGGAACUUGCUCAAACCGCCUGUGCCAAGGCACCUGUCGCUAGACGCGAAGAGAAGUCUGGUGAAGGCUUUGCCCUUUCGCCUGUCCAGAGACUGUACUUCGAGAGCUCGGACUCUUUCAAGGGCGCUGCUCGAUUCAACCAGAGCAUCACUGUUCGCAUCGCUCACCGUUGUGAGGGUGAGGUCCUGAAGCGCGCUCUCAAGGCUGUUAUUAGCCAGCAUGCCAUGUUCCGUGCACGCUUCAGCAAAUCUAAUGACGGCACCUGGCAACAGAAAACCACAGCGGAGGUCGAUGAAUCUUUCCAAUUCCGCGUUCACUCUGUGGGCGACACCCGGGCGAUGGUUCCGAAGAUUGCUGACAGUCAAAGCUGCCUGGAUCCUCUCAAUGGACCUAUCCUGGCAGCUGAUCUGUUUAAUCUUCGCACCGGUGGUCAGGUCUUAUUCCUCGUCGCUCACCAUCUCUGUAUUGAUAUGGUAUCAUGGCGCAUCGUGCUCCAGGACCUCGAAGAGCUCGUUGUUUCUGGAUCUCUUUCACUCGAAAAGGCAUUGUCCUUCCAAAGCUGGUGUGCCAUGCAGAUCGAGAGAGCCAAGACGCACGAUGCGGCUAUUGCUCUGCCUUUCACGCCCGAGAAGCCGAACUUGCUUUACUGGGGCAUGCAAAACUCACCCAACGUGUAUGGAGAUAUCAAGAUGGAAUCGUUCACGUUGAGCGAGGAUACUACCCAAUUUAUCAUGGAUGACUGCCACAAUGUCUUCCGGACUGACACUGUUGACAUCCUGCUGUCUGCUAUCGUCCAUUCCUUCGGUCGCACCUUCACCGACCGCAAGGUCCCAACUAUCUACAACGAAGGACACGGCAGAGAACCCUGGGAAGCCGACAUUGAUCUUUCCCGAACAGUGGGCUGGUUUACCACCAUGACACCUUUGCUAGUGGAUUCCGAAGCUCGUACCCUAAACGACAUUAUCAAGCGUGUCAAGGACACCAGGCGCAAGAUUGCAGACAAUGGACGUCCUUACUUCGCCAAAAGCCUGCUUCAGGACCAGGCGGCUGAUUUCCCUGUCCCGCUGGAAAUCCUCUUCAACUACCUGGGUAAAAUGCAGCAGCUUGAGCGAGCUGAUUCGUUGUUCCAUCACCAUGGUAGCGUCUUUGACAGCUCAGACUUUGCUGUCGCAGGCGACAUGGGCCCCCAGACUGCUCGUUUCGCCCUCUUCGAAGUAUCUGCUAUUGUCAUUAAAGACCGCCUCAAUGUUGCUUUCACCUACAACAACAAAAUGCAGCAUGAGGGCUCAAUCCGCCGCUGGAUUCUGCAGUGCAAGCAUACUCUGGAGAAGGAUAUCCUCACACUGAAAACGGCUACUCCUGAGCCCACUCUCAGCGACUACCCCCUCCUCCCAAUCAACUAUCAUGGCCUCCAGAUGCUCACCGCCAGCACCUUCCGCAAGGCCGGAAUUCGGAGCAAGGAUGACGUCGAGGACAUCUAUCCCUGCUCUCCCAUGCAGGAGGGUCUCUUGCUCAGCCAGCUCCGCGAUCCCAAUGCCUACAUGUUCCAUACUGUGUUUGAGAUCAAGGAUGCCAAAUCUGGCAAGGUUGACGCCGAAGGAGUCGCCCGAGCCUGGCAAGCCCUCGUCGACCGUCACCCAGUACUGCGGACUAUUUUCGUCGACAGUAACUACACUGGUGGAUCCUUCGAUCAACUAGUGCUCAAGAACCUUUCUGACAAUAUCCUCCGCGUGGAAUGCCAAGACUCACAGGUUGAGGAGAAGUUGUCUUCCAUAUCCCUUCGUGACAGGAACGCGAUGCGCCAAUCAAAGCUUUCUCACCAACUGACUGUCUGCAAGACAAAUACCGGACGUGUCAUCCUAAAGCUGGAGAUUAACCAUGCCAUUAUCGAUGGUGGCUCGGUUGAUGUACUCCUCCGUGACCUGACUCUCGCCUACGAGCGAAAGAUCACCGAGGGUUCAGGACCUCGCUUCAGCGACUACAUCAAAUUUAUCAGAACUCAGAGCCAGAGUGAUGCUCUCAAUCACUGGAAGCAAUACCUCGGCGGAGUUCGCCCAUGCCACCUCGCUCCAUCGGCUGUAUUUGAAGCCAAGAGAGAGCUAAAGGGUAUUAUGAUGAACUUCCAGAGAUUCCCUGAUCUGCUGAAGUUCUGCGAGCGCAGCUCAGUCACUCUCGCCAACUUGACCCUGUCCGCCUGGGCCAUAGUCCUGCGACAGUUCACUGGAUCCGACGACGUUUGUUUCGGAUAUCUUUCUGCCGGUCGCGAUGCACCUGUCAAUGGCAUUCAGGACAUGGUUGGAAUCUUUAUUAACAUGCUUUGCUGUCGAGUCCAGUUCUCCGAUCAGCAGACCUUGACGGAUGUGUCGAAGAAUGUUCAAGAUGCUCAUGUUCGAUGCAUUCCCCACCAAAGCUGCUCCCUGGCCAGUAUCCAACACGAGCUUGGUUGGCAAGGACAGUCCCUCUUCAAUACUACAUUGUCAAUCCAGAACCACUCCGUUGCAGGUGGUGCUAAGGACAAGGGAUUGUCCUUCGAUCUUCAACAUGCACACGAUCCGAGUGAGUAUGCGGUCACUGUUAACGUUGAGAUUGCCCGAGGCCAGGAGGGUAUUCUUUUGAGAUACUGGAACGAUAUUGUGUCUGACGAAGAAGCCCAGGCUCUGGCUGACACCAUCGCCAAAGUCUUCACUGGCUUCAUUGAAUCCCCGGCUGCGACGUUGUCGCAGUCCUCAUUCGCUUCCCAGGCUGAGCCGGAGUCACUGGAUUGGGAUCGCUCCCAAACCACACUGGCUGAAAAGGCAAAGUCGACUGGAGAAGCGAUUGACAGCAGUGCUAUUCAGAAAAUUAUUGAUGAACGUGUUCAUGAGAUUAUUGGUCAGAUGUUGAGAGAAGGAAAACUGACGGUGCCUCCUAUCCGUACGGAAGGGCUGUCAAACUAUGGAGGCCACACUGAUACCAUACCCGACUCACCGUACCAGUUAGGUAUCCAAGAAGCAGAUGAUUCUGGUGUUUGUUCGGCGACUUCCCGAUCCAGUGAGGAUGGGAUAUCGGCCGAUAUAGAAAGAAAAUUGUGGAAUCUUUGGAGCACAGCUCUUGGUCUCUCACCCAAUGUGGUGAGACAUCAGGACAGCUUCUUCAAGUUGGGUGGUGAUAGUAUCACCGCGAUGAAGAUGGUCAGUGCCGCUCGCGAAGAGGGCCUGGUCCUUACUGUUGCAGAUGUCUUUAACAACCCUGUCUUUGAGGACAUGCUGACAACAGUACGCGCCGCGAACGUCACUCAGCAGAUGCUGAAUGUUGAUCUAAAAUCUGGCGGUCACAGGGAGGUCGAUGGUGACUUGCUCAAUAUCACCCCGACGACGCUGGGGCCCAGCCCCUCAACUGAGAGCCUCGAGGUUCUCAGGCCAUCGUGCAUCGAUGAUGCCGCAGUACAGAGCGGUAUCUGUCCUAAGGUCGGAGUCUUCAAGGGUGGUAUCGCCGACGUCUUACCUGUCACAGACUUCCAAGCGAUGUCUCUGACCGCAAAUCUCUUCAAGUCGCGAUGGAUGCUUAAUUACUUCUAUCUUGAGGGCAAUGGUCCCUUAGACCUGAGACGCCUUCGCGAGAGUUGCUUGAAGGUAGUCGAUGCCUUUGACAUUCUACGGACAGUUUUUGUGUGCUUCCACGACCAAUUCUUCCAGGUCGUGCUGCGCAAGAUUCGUCCCAGCAUCUUUGUUUAUGAGACUGACCGCGCUCUUGAUGAAUUCACCAUGACCCUCCAACAAAGAGAUCGGGAAUACGGGCCUCGCGAAGGUGAGCAGUACGUGCAGUUCUACGUUGUCAAAAAGAAGGGUAGCGACCAGCACCGGAUCUUGGUCCGUCUUUCUCACACUCAAUACGAUGGAAUGUGCUUGCCGAAGAUCAUGGCUGCCAUUAAGCACGGGUAUGAAGGCACCCCGCUGCCCCCGGUUACGCCCUUCGCUGGCUACUUGCGACAGUUGCCAGGAACAAUCACCCCAGACCAUUACCGCCAUUGGACCGAUCUUCUGAAGGGCUCCCGCAUGACCCAAGUCGUCCACAGAAAGGGUACCAGCAUGUUCCAGAACGUUGGAGCAUUCACCGAGAUUCACCGAAAGAUUGAGAUCUCGCCAACUGCCCUUGGAAAUGUUACUAUCGCAACUGUCAUGCAAGCUGCCUGGGCUCUGGCCCUUGCCAAGCUCACUGCCCAGUCUGAUGUGGUCUUUGGUCUCACCAUCAGCGGUCGCAACGCCACAGUGCCCGGAAUUGAGAACACAGUUGGCCCAUGCGUCAAUGUCAUUCCAGUGCGCGUGAAGCUGGACGAGAAAUGGACCGGUGUCGAUCUCUUCCGCUACCUCCAAGAUCAGCAGGUCUCCAACAUGCCUUUCGAGUCUCUGGGCUUCCGCGAGAUCAUCAAGCAAUGUACCGACUGGCCCGACUGGACCUACUUCACUACCUCGGUCUUCCACCAGAACGUCGACUACGAGGGAACCAUGGAGCUUGACAGCAACAAGUACCGCAUGGGCGGUGUCGGCGUCAAUGACAAUCUGGCCGAUCUCACUAUGGUCUCCCGCCCCUCUGGUGAACGUGGCCUCGAUGUCACCCUCGGUUACUCCGAAAAGGGACCUGUGAUGCCGUUCUUCGCAUCCAAGGUUCUCGACAUGGCUUGUGAAAUUGCGCAGUCACUCCUGGCCAACCCAACAGCGUCUCUGCCUUCAGCGGGCAUGCUUCGCUCCCUGCCACCCCAGACAAUCGACGACCUGUCUCGACCAACAGAUGAGCACUUCCUCAGCGCACACCUCAAGUCACGCUCCAUCGCAGAGUUGCUUGUGCAUUCCGACAUUUUAUCUCGCUCGUGGCACCAGGUCCUCCCCAGCCGCCCCACCUCGGCCCCCGUCGACCCAGAAGCUGAAAAGCCUACCCACCAAUCCGCCUUCCAGUUGGACUCCUCCUUCUUUGACCUCGGUGGUGAUGUAUUUAAUCUGGCUCAGCUUACCUGGCUUCUUGAGCAAGAGGGUCUCAAGGUCCGCCUUGAGGAUCUCAUUGAACAUCCCUCUUUCCUGGGCCAAAUGGCCGUGCUGGCUUUGCAUAACGCCAAGCACCAGGAUGAUAUGCCAGCAGAGGUUCUUGCUACUGGUGCUGCACCGCCUGAUCCUGUCGCUCGCAUCGAAAAGAAGAAGACAUGGUCGAAGGCGGCCAUGACCAUUGCGCGCAAGUUGACUGGGCGAAACACAGUCACCACUCGAGCUUGA